UUGCUGACUAAUAUUCCUUAAUUUUUCUCCCCGUCCUUUGUUAGAUUUAAGGCUCAUUAGAUUGUUUAUAAGCUUUAUGAACAUUUUGAAUUUAUCCGAAAUCUGUCACAUUCGUAAUUGGAUUAGAGUUUGAACAACUAGAUUAGCUAAAGCUAGUUAUGGAUUAGAAGUUUAGACUUCAUCAUAAACAAUUUUCUUACUAUUUCAAAAUAUCUGAGGAAAACUAUGUAUUUGAGCAUUAAAAUUUCACCUUAUUAAGUGCAAUAACUGAAAUAUGAGUGAUGAGCUAAAAUAAGAGAAUAAGACUCUGAAUAGCAAAGAGAGAUUAGCAUAGUUUAGAAAAUAGAAUGGAUUUUGAGUGCAUUUAGUUUAUUUCUAACUUAACAUUGCUAUACUUUCAUAUUUUAAAGCUUUAGAAAUAUUAAGAUUAAUAUAUUUCAUUAUUAUUAGUCCCAAUCCUAAUAAUUUUAUCCCAAAUUAACUAUACCCGUACAGAGUUAUGAAAGAGCCAGAAGACAAGUGGAACAUAGUUUAUUACUUAUUCUUCCUAUUUGGUAUAGGGAAAGUCCUGCCCUUUAAUGCAAUUGUCACAGCAAUUGAUUACUUCGAUCAGAGUUUCCCAACAAGGGAUGUGUCUUUUUCAUUUAAUCUGAUGCUAAAUGGGCCUAAUUUCUUGUUCAAUUUUGUUAAUAUUUUUACUGCAAGGAUAUAAUAUCACUGAGGAUAAGGCUGCUGACUAGCAUAGCUCUUAUUUUUGUGAUGGUAUGGUUGUUGCCGAUUACUACUAAUUUUAUGGACGAGAGCACGGGAUGGAUCAUAUUGAUUUUUAUUAUUGUGAUACUAGGAAUUUCUAAUUCCUUUUUGCACGCUGGUGUCUUUGGACUAGCAGGUAUGUUCCCUUUUAAAUACACUGGAGCAGUGAUGUUUGGUAAUGGCAUCUCUGGAAUUUCCAUGAAUGUAUCAAGGAUGGCAACACUGGCAGCAUUUCCUCCUAAAGAAAUAGAAGAGGAAGGAGUAGAUCCAAAGGCUUUUAUUGGCUGUAUAGUCUAUUUUGCUAUUGCUUCAGCUAUUCUUGCAUUUUGUUUUGUAGGCUAUUUUGUAAUGGCUAAAACAGAAUUUGCUAAAUUUUAUAUGAAUCAAAAAUGAGCAAAAGCCAAGAUAAGUAUAAAACCAAAUCAUACUGAGAAUUAUGAUCAAUUGAUCACCCAUGAGAUAGAAGAAUCUAGUCAAGACAAUCAGAUGGAAUCUAAAGGGUUCUUGAGAGUUUAUAAAGACAUCUGGUCAAUGGGCACUCAGGUCUUUCUUUGAUUUGCGAUUACUUUUGUAGUGUUUCCAGGGACUCAUCUUAGCACCCAUUUUGACUUUUUAGGGGAUAGUCUAGCUGAUAAAGCAUGGUUUUCUGUUAUCAUGAUAACCAUAUACAACCUUUUUGACACUAUUGGAAGAUUUGCUGGAGGAUUUGUUCAGAUAUUGACAUCUGAGACUUUGUUUUAUUUGACAAUUACUAGAUUAGUCUUUAUCCCAACUAGUGUCUUAGUUCAGCUCAAUUCUAGACCUAGUUGGAUAUUCCAGUCAGAUUGGUUUAGAAUCCUAAAUAUGGCAUUAUUUGCAGUAACUAAUGGGUAUAAUUCAACUUUAUGAAUGAUGUAUGGCCCUUCACAAACUGAUAAGAAUAGCAAGGAAAGAGCAGGGAUAAUUAUGAGCUUCCACCUUCUAGGAGGAGUUUUCGUAGGAGCUUUAAUUUCAACUUUUGUCAUGGUUUAUGUAUAA